AUGAAAAGUCCCGGCACAGCACUUUUAAACAAAUCCGCCAUCCCCAAGCAACAUCGGAGCCCAGAGGCCGGCGACACACGAGCAAAUCAAGCAAUACCAACUCACGAAACAUGCGAAUCUAAGGCUUAUGUUCCCAUGAAUUUACUGAGCGAUUACACAAUGCAGUGGGCUCUUAACCGCACUCUCUGCCUGAUCAACACUGGGCAAACCAUACGUGUGAACGCAUACAAAUUAGCCACACAAAGUGAUGUCUUCUGGGAUCUGAUUCGGCAGACUAGCGCAGAUCUGGAAAAUCCCGUCAGAAUGAAAGAAAAAAUACGAUCAACCAGCAUCGGAAGUUCUCGAUCAAUACGAUUGAUCAAACAUAUCGAGAGAUGGAAAUCACUCGGACGAAUCAAUUCGAACACGCUCCUGAUCGACUGUCCCAGUCUGCAGGCUAUCUCGGACAUCUUGCUGGCGGUGCACUUUUGUCACACCGAGCACUGCCAUAUUGUCAAUCGAAUUCCAACAAAUCCAGAGGAAUGGAUUGAAAUUCUUCUAGAAUGUGAUCAGCAACGCCACGAAACAGAUGAGCCGGAUAGUGGUAGUGGUCGCAGGGGUACUGAAUACGAUCUGAUCUAUCGUACAAACGAGUGGAUACUCUGCACGGGGAUCUCGGUGUGCACAUUGGGCUGUGCACUGCGUGUGGCGAACACGUAUAGCAUAAUACGACUUCGAGAAAAAUGCUAUCGAUUCAUUGAAACCCAUGUGAAUUUAUCCAACUGUUGGUACAUGUGGAGAGCAAGUAUUGUGAACAUCGGACAUCGAAAAAAUGUUCCACCAACCCAAACACUUCAGACACUGGAUCCCAUUGCAACGGAACUGGUGGAGAGAUACAUACUAACUAAUAUCCGACACUUUAUAAGACCUGCAGUUCAUGAUGGGAACACAGGCUAUCAAGUUGGAUUUCAAACGCUCAGUUGUGAGGAAAUGGAAUAUUUUCUCACCUCGAACGAAUUAAACGUUCGUAAAGAAUCUGAAGUGAUUCAGGCCAUAGAUCAAUGGAUGCAAGCCCCAGUAAGGGCGAAUGAUACAAUAUCUUGUUUUGUCUCUACUCCACGCCUACUGACCCAAUGCGUACGUAUCGAUCAGUUGGAAUUGAACGAUUUGGAACGCAUUUACGAAUUUCCCUGUUUGAAGGACCGAUUAAGGUUCGGACAGAUGACCACAAACGACAUGGCCGAUAGUCAUUCGGAACCAUACGACCCUCUGGUAUGGAAACAGAUUCAACGUUCACGAGUUCAAUGUCACGCCGCAUUUGGACAAAUCAGGCGAAAAUUGGUUCGAUUCUCACGGAAUUUACGCCCUCUUGGCGACCGACCAAAACGGCUCAGUGAAGUGCCUCGCAUCACAACAAAUCACCGUUCGGAAAGUCAGUCAGAAAAACCAGCAGACAGGUGGCCGAUUGGGGACGUGCGAAUUCCACAUGAAACCAUCCUUCUGUUUGGUGGUUGGAAAUGUGGUAGACCUUGCCGUGAUGUGAGUGUGCUCGAUGCCCGACAGAAGAUUUGGACCACGUAUUCGGCCGACAGCAAAUCGGAAGACGAAAAAACUGGGAUCACCGCAAACUCGAGUGUGUUGGAUCGCUUAGUACUGCCCUAUGCUUUGAUGAGUUUUGGGAUUGCCCUAGUCGGUAACCGAUAUAUCUACAUUGCUGGUGGAGAAUUGGCCAGUACACAAACCACGAGCCGGAUGAUUCGAUUCGAUGUAGCCCAAGCCACAACCGACGUGGAACAGGAGGAAAGCGGAUGGAAAUUGUGCUCAUCACUGCACGAGAGUAGACGAGAUUUGGUACUGGUAAAUGUUAAGGAUAUCGCACUGUAUGCGAUCGGUGGAGACAAUAACAGAACGGUGCUUAGUUGUGUGGAACGCUUCCCACUCGAUCCACAGUACCGAUUUGAUGGGCAAGGAUGGUGUCUGAUGCCUAACAUGCUCAUUCCACGCGGAGCACCCGCAGCAGAUGCAUUGCACGAUAUCAUCUAUGUUUGCGGUGGCUACACUGAAAGUCGGAUGGAAUCACUGACCAAUAGUUGCGAGGCAUUUGAUACACGAACUAACCAAUGGACAUUUAUUGAGCCUAUGUCCCAGGCCCGAUACUAUGCCCAUGCAGUGUCUGUUCAGGGUGUACUAUUUGUCCUAGGUGGUGGUGGUGAAAGUGGCACACGAGGUGGAGCGGUCACUCGUGUACCUGCCCAUGCCGGGUACAUAAGUACCGUCGAGCGCUACAAUCCGGAAACAGCCACCUGGGAGUUGAUGCCACCGACAACGGAACGAGCGGAUUUCGCAGCUUGUCUGUUCGAAGGUGAACUGGUUUGUUUGGGGGGAGGAGGAGCCACAUUUGGAACGGAUGAAGUAGAACGAUGGACUCCAUGGUUGCCGGGAUCCACAGAGGCAACUCAGCAUCCGAAUAAUUCAAACCAAUGGGCAGCACAGCUCCCACUUAACAUUCCGACAACCAUGAACGAGGCAAGUGUGCCACUUUGGCUGACACCAAGUUUGAUACCAUCCACUCAACAGGAAUCCUUGGGCUGGCAACCGUACGUGCGAUUACCCACACCAGUCUGGGGACAUCGUUGUGUUGUGCUGCGUGGAAUCGAUCGCAUCCGACCCUAUCUGAAUCGUACGGACAAAUUAGACGGUCAAACUCGACCAACAACGUGCCGAUUAACAACGAAAUCCCUAUGUGCACAAUGUGUACUCAUUGGCGGUCAUCCGGUUCUCACAGUACUGGAAGGGACAUGUGAGAAAUCCUGUUCGGAUUCUGGGUCUAGUCGCAAUCAGAUGGACUCCACAGUACUGUUAACCGGCAAAACCCGAGAAGAACAACUAGGCUAA